UACACUGACAACAUUAUGACAGAAUCAGAAGUUAUAUUUCGUGAGGGACAGUUGUUAAGUGGUGUUUUGGAUAAGUCACAAUUUGGUGCUUCUCAGUUUGGCUUUGUCCACUCUUGCUAUGAGUUGUAUGGAGGUACCAUGUGUAAUUAUCUGUUGUCAGCUCUUGGCAGAAUCUUCACUGGUUUCCUUAAACUCUAUCACGGGUUUAGUCUAGGAGUGGAAGACAUAUUAGUGAAACCAAUGGCAGAUAAAGAGAGAUUUAAAAUUAUUGCUGAGGGUAGAGAUUGUGGGCUUGAAGCAGCUGCUGAUGCUUUUGUAGUUAAAAAUGUUAAAGAUAAAGGGACGGUCUCAAAGUGUUAGAUUUCUUUAUGAAAAAGAAAACUGAUCAAAUCAAUAAUAAAGUUAACGUGUAAGUACAACAUGCAUUUGUGAAGCAAGAGUGCAUAUAAUGUAUCCAUUCUGUUCGUUUUGUAGAGAUUUGUAUGUGUACCUACUUCCAUUCUCUCUUGAUCUUUCCUUUUAUUCUACCAUGCUUGUUUUGAAUUGACCAAUCAGAUUGCAUUAUAUGAGGUGUCUAAAUCACUUAUAAUACCCCGGGAAAAUAUUUAGAAACCUCCGGGAAAUUAUUUAGAUACUUCUGCCAAAGUUUGGGAAAUUUUAGGAAUAAAAAUGAUGACAGCAAUAAUAGUAAUGUUAUAUUUGAAUUUUUAUGUGUAUGUUUGUGCAGUUAUUAAAGCUGAAGUGUCUGUCCUUUAUCUAGAGAUAUGUUUUGUGCUUUUGGAGGAUGAGGUGAAUUGGUAUAUCGUCACUAGCUACUGCUGUUUUUGUUUGUAAUAAUAAUAUUAUUGAGGAAACGUCUUCCGGCAUUUUGUUGAUCUGAAAUGUGCUUAUAAAUUUGUACACCAUCCGUGCUUCUGUGACCUGUUCUUUUCAUGAUUAAUUGUUCAUCAACACCAGCUUGAAGUAGUCUAGUAGCAGCAGUCAUGCCGCGAAGUGAGUGGUUUGUUUGUAACCAUCGAUUCCCCAGUUGCUGCAGCAAACAUUUUAAACAGUAUUUCUCCAUUAAGAAGAGUGGCCUGGUUGGAGCUUCUCCAAAUCUUUCAUUCUUUCCUUGCACCAGUCAUUCAGAAUAUUUUCUACCCAUUAUAUUGCUUUUUUAGUUCUGCAUGGCGCACAGUGCUGUUGUGCAUCUUUAAAUCCUUGUCCGUUGCGAAACAAGAUGGUAUAUAGCACUAAUGAAGUAGGCGGGGCAGUGAUAAAAUGAUGAGAUGAGAUAGGCGUUUCCAGAGCUAUCAGUGGCGGCUGUGUUAGUCGCAUCUUUUGAGAACAGGCGAGCAUGUCUACCUAGUUGCUUUUCCAUUCUAGUGCGUGACUUAAAAUGAAUUGGUUGCUAAUGGUAAGGAUUUUUAUACUUUUUGUGUAUCCUAGCUACAAGAAAUGCAUCUAAUCUGAUUGGACGCAUGGUAGAACACGGUUAUACACCUCGGUCUCGGCAUAAUAGAUUGUAUUACUAAGUAACAGGGAUAGGAAACAGAUCACGUGAUCUCAUUCAAAUUAAUGAAAGCAGGUGCGGACGAACCUUGUAAGACUCUGCCCCUUCCCCGGCUCGUUGAGACAAGAGCAAUAUGACUGAGAGGACUGCUGGAUUAAGUGUAGCUUGAAGCCAGAUCCAGGGCAGUUAUAUAACUUAUAUUGUUGCUGAAGGUUUGCUUACUUAUCAGAAACUGUUAAAGCUGUAAUACAGCACUUUAUUUUGAAGAAAAAUGAGAAAAAUCAUGCUUUUUUACCAUGCGUAAUAGGUGUGAAAUCUAUUCAACCUAUAACUUGCUAAGGGUAACUAAAACUGAGAGAGUGUCAAUAUAAAAAAACAUGCAUCAAGUAAAGCUACGUGCCACUAAAACACUUUUAUUAUCACUAGUGCUUCAUACAGAUCAUAAGAUCCCAAAAUGUCUGUUUUUAGAGGCUUAUCUGUUCAACCUAUAUCACAAAAAGUAAGUAAAAUUAGGAUAAAGGACAAAAACUGUAACAAAGAUCAGGGUUUUUCACAUGCCUUUAGCCUAUUAUAUAAGCCACAGACGGCACUUUGGAAAAA